GAAGUAUGAGUACAGUAGUGGGAGGGCCUUAGCUUUUGGAAUACAGUAGACAACUACCUUCUUUACCUUCAGCAGUAAUCAAAACAUGCUCACUCAAGUCGUUUGGAUUGAAAUGAUCACGAAAGAGAACACAUUUUGAAGGAGUACAUCAGAAAAAAAGGCACAAUGCGGGACAUGCUGGAGAGGCUGCGAAAUGUGAGUGAGGAGCAUGAGGAUAUCCAGGACUUUGAAUAUGACGACAAUAAGCUAAAACAUGAUCAAGAGGCAAUAGUGUUUGAGAACUCCUCAGACAUCGAGAGCAUCUUGAAGGAAGCCCAAUCCAUACGCAAGGAGAUCUCCAUGCUCCUCAUGGAGGUGGAGCGUCUGAAUAAAAACAAUGAACGCUUUCGUACCACAGUCCGCCAAUUCACUGCACUCAAAAAGGACUCGGACACCAUUGCCAAGGGGAUACAGAAGCAUGGGAAGGACGUGCACUCUCGCCUGCUGGCGCUGAGUGAGAAGAGCAAGAAACUGGAGACCAAAGAGGGGCCAAACUCAGCAGCCGGCCGCAUCGCCUGCAUGCAAUACGACUCGCUCAUCUGUGCCUUCCAAGCUGCCAUGGGAAGCUACAACCAGGCGGAGGAAAUGCAGAGGACCAUUUGUAGGGACCGAAUCAAGCGACAGGCCUCCAUAUUAGGGACUAAAAUCUCUGACAAUCAGUUGGACGACAUUGUGGACAAAGGAUGUGAAGGCUGGAGCGAGUUGUCCCAGAGCCUACAGACACAAGAGAGUCACUCAUCCCGCUGGGCACUGUGCGAAAUCAAAGACCGACACAAGGAGCUAGUGGCGCUGGAGGGCAGGCUCAAGGAAGUCCAUGAACUGUUCCUAGAAAUGGCUUUGCAAACGGAAGAGCAGUGCAGCAUGCUCAACAACAUUGAGGCCAAUGUAUGUAAAUCUCAGGAUUAUACCCAGAAAGUCAACACCAAUCUCAAAAAGGCCAUACAGUACAAGAAAAAAAACCCUUUUCAGACAUUUUGUCCAUGUUUUACUUGUUGGAGAAAAUAAAGUCUCUUUUGGAAGAUUCAAAGAAUGUAGUAUUUCCACAGCCAUUGUGGAGACACACCUCUCAAUCAAUAUACAGAAAACAGAAAACUACUGUAAUAACCAGAUGCAAUAAUAAGGAGUGCAAUAUUGGAUAGUGCAAUACGGGGGGAGUGUGAUGUGUGAUCUCAUAACUAACUGAUAUACCUGCGCACUGUUCACUGUCGUCACUGUAUUGUCGGAUGAACUGUAUGUAUAUAUAUAUAUGUAUGUAUGUAUGUAUGUAUGUAAAACAUACAUACUGCUCACCUCCCAGGGGGUGAUCAAGGGUGAUGGGUCAAAUGCAGAGAAUAAUUUUGCCACUCCUUGUGUGUGUGACAAUCAUUGGUACUUUAACUUUAACUUAACUUAAAUUGUGUAAUACCUAAUAACUAGGGCUGUCCAUCAUGUAUAUAUGCAGAUUAAUCAUACAAUGUAUUUUGCUCCGUAACCUUCUAAUCCAGUGGUUCUCAACCGUUUUUCAGUGAAGUACCCCCUGUGAACAUUUUUUUUAUUUAAAUACCCCCUAAUCAGAACAAAGCAUUUUUGGUUAAAAAAAAAAAAGAGAUAAAAAAGUAAACUACAGCUGUUAGAGCCAAAUACGCUUUCUGUCUGUCAAAUUGAUGACGUCACUAAAGGGGUUGGCUCCAAGGCGAAGUGCCUGUCUGUUUAGGGAGGAGUCAGGAUCUUGCUCAGGUGUUGUUGAGUAGAGGCACAACAGUUUUUGACUGUGCCAGGCUAGUGUUUGUUUGCUCCAGUGUAUUUUCUGUUUUUGUACAAAGUGUAUUAUAUAAAUGUGACUUUAUGAUAUUAAAUAUUUUUGUUAAACAUGGACACAA